CUGUGGUUGUAUACCAUUCUAGUUUCCCCAUCUGUCCAUUUGUUACAGAGCAGCAUAUCUGUGGAUGGAGAGUAGGAGCUUGCACGUUGAUGUCUACAGAUGUCAUGCAUCAUGCAAAGAGCAUGCGUUCACUUGGUACGAUAUUCAUGUGUGAGAAUGACGAAGGCAGACGCUUGCAGUCAGCAGCACGUUACUAUAUGGGAUGUUCCGGCUUCAUCUCCGGCAGUCGGUGCUCGACCACCGUUGACAGCACAUCCGGCGUUCCUUCUCCAUCGCAUCCUUGUGAUAGCCGUUUUCGCUAAGACUGCACACAAUCAUCGAGUGUUCCAUUUACGCAUAACUUGGAAAAUGUCCUGUUAACAACUGCUUCCUUUGCAGCCGCCAGCACCAAAGCAAACCAAUGGCUUCUCCAGUCUUUAUUCCAUAUCAAGUAGACACCGCUGCCCUCAUCUUCACUUGCUGCAUGCUGAUAACUGGAUUGCACGCCAAUAGUAGCAGCAGCAGCAGCAACGUGAUUGCUUCAUCCAAUCAACACGCCGGCAGCGGAAUGAUGGACACAUUUGCGUCGGGAACAGCAGCGGCUGGUCCUCGUUUUCAAAAUCAAUUGCCAUCCGACGUGACUUUUACUCCCGAUCGAGGAUUCACCAUCGAAUGUCCAGUUUGGGGACAACCUACACCUCAAAUCACUUGGCUCACAUCCAAAGAACGUUUAGGCAACAACGCAGCAGGCAUGUGGAAUCCAGUCGAAUCAUCUCCUACGUCUGCAACGACAAAUAAUCUAAUCACGAUAUCACCUAAUGGAAGUUUAACAUUGCACACCUUUCGACCGGAGCAGUUCCGACCAGACGUUCACGCUGCCAACUACAGGUGUUUGGCAGCCAAUUUCAUUGGUCGCAUCCUCUCGACUCCUGUCCGUGUUCGUGCAGUGAUAUUGCCGCCAUUCGAGGUCAACGUGGAGAAUCCUCGAGUUCGUCGUGGCAGUACGGCUGUUUUUCGUUGCUCUGUUCCAGAUUCUGUUCGUGAUUACGUUACAGUCACGUCUUGGAUUCAAGAUAAUCGAUACGAUAUUUUUCUUACCUCCAGUCAAGAUGGACGUCACGUGAUGUUGGCCAAUGGCGACUUGCACGUUUUGUCUGCGCGACAAGGCGACGAAAAUCAUUUGUAUCAUUGUCGUGUUCUCGUCCAGCCAAAUGGUCAAACAAUGACCAGUUCCACUGCUGGACGAAUCAUCCUCAGUCAAGAAACCAUGACAAAGAUGGCACCAGUCAUUGUAGAAAGUGCGAAUCGAAUACGAGUUUGGCGUGGACAAGAUGCCGUUUUACCAUGUGUUUUUCACGGAUACCCUCCGCCUAAAAUCAAAUGGUACAAAAGCCAAACGAUUCAGUAUGGCAAUUUACUGUUGCCACUGGUGGCAUCAGCUGCUACCCAAGAGCAUCGUGGUGGAGUGCUUGGACUUGGCCGUCAUCGCCUCGUUGGAGGCACUCUACUCAUCGCUUCCGUCGUUGCUGAAGAUCAGGGCCGUUACAUUUGUUCCGUCAACAAUUCCAUGGGAUUGGUCGAAUCACGUACCGAACUCGUUUUUCGUGACAAAUUACAAGUCAGAAUCGUCGAAUCGUCCAACGUCGUUGCCUCAUCGGCUGCCCAGCACAUUCAAGUCGCCGAUGCAGAGACGUCCGUCACGAUCACGUGUCAGUUCUCCGGUAGUCCCAGGCCGGUUGUCAGUUGGCUUAAAGAUGGCCAACGUUACUUGGUGGGCAAUAAUGGGCGUGUCUCUUCUUCUUCAUCGGGUGACGACGGCAACACUGAUAUGGUCCAGUUAUCCAUUUCAUCGGUCCAACGCGAAGAUGAGGGAAUAUACCAAUGCCUGGCAUCGAAUGACGAAGGCGAUUGGGCGCAAGCAUCGGUGCAGCUGACCAUUGGAGCAUUUCCUCCUCAUUUGAAAGAAACGUUCAGUCGGCAAGUUUUACAUCCGGGUAGUUCAGUCUCAUUGAAAUGUUUAGCCUCUGGCACUCCGCUGCCUCAUUUCACUUGGACGCUGGAUGGGUUUCCGUUAUCGCCCGUUUCCGAACGCUAUUUCCUCGGCCAACAGCAACAAACGGGGCACGGCGAUCUCGUAGUGGCUCAUCUCAACAUUACCCACGUCCGAGUCGAAGACGGAGGAAAUUAUAAAUGUAUAGCGGAGAAUCGAGUGGGCCGCGUAGAACAUUCAGCCAAUUUGCAUAUUUACGGAGCUCCUUAUGUAAGACGGAUGAGUACAGUCGUCGGGGUUGGUGGCAAACGACUGGAAUUACCUUGUCCUGUCGCCGGUUACCCCAUUGAGGCCAUCACAUGGGAAAAAGACGGACGUCGUUUGCCGCUGAAUGGCCGUCAGCGACUUCAGUUCAACGGCAGUUUGACGAUCGAUCCGGUGGACAAGAGCAGCGACGCCGGCCUCUACAGUUGCGAAGCGCGCGCUCAGAACGGACUCUCGGCUCGCCAGUCACUUCAACUCAACAUCCUCGAUGCGCCUCAUAUAAUGGCAAUGAGCGAUUCGGCUGUGUUGAAUGCCGGCGAGCGAUUGGCUCUUCAAUGCGCCGUAGUUAAAGGUGGAUUGCCGUUGUCCGUCAGCUGGUCGAAAGAUGGCCAAGUGAUUGCGCCAACAACUGCCACCACGGGGCCAGCAGCAACGACGACGACUAGCGUCCGUUUGGUGAAUGAAUUCACGGCCACGUUGACGAUUGAAUCGUUGACUGGACAACAUGGUGGAUGGUACGUCUGCCGGGCAGCCAAUGAAGGCGGACGGGCAGAAUCAGCUGUUCACGUCGUCGUUCAGGCGGGACCUCGAAUCACGCCGUUCGGGAUGCCGUCACGCAACGUGAUGGUCAAUUCUCGAGUGCAGGUGUCGUGCGUCAUUGAAGAAGGCGAUCCUCCUUUCCACAUCCGUUGGUACCGUGAUGACAAGCCACUCGUCCAUCACCAUCACCACCUUUCUUCCUCCGCUUCGUCUGCACAUCGUCCAGCCAAUCCGGUGGCUUCUUUGUCCAGUACCGACCCGCCAAUCAGACACGGCCCAUUGGGGGCCAUAGCCAAUGGAUUGCGAUUGACUGAUUUCAAUUCUUAUUCCUCCAUUUUAACCAUCGACCAGGUGACGGUCAAUCACGGAGGCAACUACUCUUGUCGGGCGGAGAACGCGGCUGGCACGGCCGUACACUCGACUUUACUUCACGUCAGCGUUCCGCCCUUUUGGGUGAAUCAACAACCACCUGCCGACACAGUUCAGACUGUCAGCGGCCACAGCGUCGAACUGAAAUGUCACGUUCACGGCGUACCUACACCGCAAGUCAUUUGGUCGUUCACUAGAGAUAAAACGGCCGACAAGUACACGACUUUAUUUGCCAAUACUAAUCGAACAUUAUUGGCCAAUCAAAGUCUGGUUAUUAGCCCGGUAGAUGUCUCUGACGCGGGCUACUAUCAAUGCGAGGCAUCCAACGGAGUUGGAAAUAACAUCAACGCUCUUAUGGCCCUUCAAGUUCACGCUCCGCCGGAAGUGCAUUUAAAUCAAGAUUAUAUGGCAGUUAGACGUGGAUCACUAACUGGAACGGUACUCAAAUGUUCCAUCCGAGGUGAUCCACCGCUCAACGUCCAUUGGCGGAAGGAUUCCGUCCCUUUGGAUCCUACCCAGUCUCGUGUAGCUACCAGAGCUCAACCAGCAACUGGAUCGCAUCCGUCGUCCCCACUCCAUCCCACGUUAUUAACGAGCGAAUUGAGUGUCACCAACGCCGCAGUUGCCGAUGAAGGUCUUUACGAGUGCGCAGCGUCCAACAUGUACGGAGAGGAUAGCGAUGCCGUUUUCCUUCAAGUGCAAGACGUUCCGCAGCCACCGCUAGAUGUCAGGGUUGCCUCAGCGGCCGGAAGGAGGAUCCAAUUGGAAUGGAAACCUCCAGCCACUGAUGGAGGCAAUCCUCUUCAAGAGUUUAUUAUUUUCUACCAAUCCCCAGGUGGAGAUGUGAGACAAGAACGAAUAAUGGCCAAUCAAUUUUCUGGUUCCAUCGGAAACCUUCAGCCGGCCACAGUCUAUCAAAUUUACAUGACGGCCUCGAACGCUUUGGGGCAAAGUCAACCGAGUCUCGGCUUGACGGUCACGACGGACGAAGAGGCGCCGGAAGGCCCUCCACUUCAAGUGGGCGCUAGUUCAGUCACGUCACGUGGUUUCACACUCAGCUGGGCACCUCCCGCUCCUCCACUUCAACACGGAAUCAUUCAGAGUUAUCUGGUGACGAUCGAUUCCGGCCGGAUGCUGAAUCGAACCGUUUUGCCAUCGGGCAGCAACGAGUACACGAUCGCGGGUCUUCGCCCCAACACGAAUUAUCACGCUUACGUCCAGGCCGUGAAUAAUCAAGGAACUGGGCCAGCUAGUCCUUCCGUGUCGGUCAAGACGAGCGAAGCACCGCCGGAAGAGCCUCCGUUGAACGUGGCAUGCGUUUCGCUCAAUUCUCAAAGCCUCCAAAUCACGUGGCAACCGCCCCGCCCCGAUUAUCGCAACGGACUUUUACGGGGCUACAGGAUUUUUUACGAACCGCUGAGCGAAUUCUUUUACUCGUCAUCGCCGGACCAAUCGGAUUUGCAAACGAGCUCAUCACAAACCACAACUGAAUUGACAGUUUUCCUUUCGGGCCUUCAGAAAUUUUCCAAUUACAGCAUUCAGGUAUUGGCUUUUACUGGCGCCGGUGAUGGCGUUAAAAGUCAGCCAUUGACUUGCACGACUGAAGAAGAUAUUCCGGAAAUGCCGACGCGAUUGAAAAUAGUUCAAAGCGGACCGGAUAGUUUGACAAUCAGCUGGUUGCCGCACCCUCGUCCGACUAGCCGCGUCACUCACUUUACAGUUUACAGCAAAGAAAUCGAACGCGGCCAAGAUGUUAAUCCUCAAAAAUGGACGGCCCCGAACAGCGGUCCGUCUGCUGGUCGACUGGAGAUCCGCAAUUUGAGACCACGACGGGCCGUCUUUUAUUUCCAAGUGGCGGCCGUCAGCGGACAGGCCGGCGAAGGUCCGCGCAGUUCCAUCCUCAGUUUCACUUUUAAUCCGACCAAUAAAAUUGUCGCUGCCGUCGUAUCCAUCGGAUCCGAUUACUUAGUCCCUCGCGGAUCGCGUCUCAUCCUCCCCUGCACAGCUCUAGGCGACACUCCCUUGCAAAUCAGCUGGUUCCAGGACGGACGUCAACUCAGCGAUUGGCUCAAUUUAAAUCCCCUGAAACUCGGCGAUCAAACCCAACAGCCGUGGAUCCAACAACGGCCACAAGAUCCCGAUGAUAACGCCACAGUUGGACUGAUUCAAGUCUUAACGAAUGGAUCCUUAUCGAUUGGCCAGCUGAGCCACAAUGGUGGGGGCAAUUACACGUGCCAAGCUCGCAAUCGUCACGGCCAGGAUCAAGUCGAUUAUUGGCUGACUGUCGUCACACCUCCGCCCGCCCCCCAACUCCGUUUCGCCGCAUCCAAUUGGUCGUCCGUCACUCUCCAGUGGUCCGUCUCUAGUUCGUCUACAGAUAAAAACAAUCGGACGAGAAUUUCAACAGCUCGCAAUUACGUCAUCAAAUAUCGACCGAGAGAUGCCGGAUGGACUGAGAAAAUCCUUCCGGCCACUUGGAGGUCCGUCCCCAUUGGAGAUCUCAACUGCGGGACGGAGUACGAAUUCAUUUUGAUCGCGUCCAGCCGCGUGGGAAACAGCACGUCCAGCAACGUGGUCACGGCCAAGACCAAAGGAUCGCCGCCGGAAUAUUUACCCACCGAUGCGGAGGAUUCCGAUUUGACUCUGACAUCGACGUCGUGCACCGUCGAUCUCAUCCGUUGGCAGGAUAGAGGUUGCCCGAUCCAGCAAUUCAUUUUUCGCUUCCGACUGACGACCGAUUCCAUUAGCGAGUGGAUCAUCGCUGGUGCGGAAUCGCCUCCGCAGCAAACUUUUCUCCUCGGUGGAUUGAUUCCGGGUCGGGAUUACGCCAUCCGCGUGACGGCCUCUAAUGCGGCUGGAUCUGCCCAACGGGAUUAUUCCGUUCGGACGCCUCCGCUGAUGGAUUCUCACAGCAAAUCGGAUGUCUACGGAGAUGGUUUGGCGCCGCUGUUUUCCGAUCCUCGAGUGGCUGUCCCCAUGGCCGUCUCUUCGCUGGCCAUUGUUUUGACCAUCGUCACUCUGUUGCUGCGCUAUCGAUAUCGAUCCGGCGGUGAAUACAUCCGCCCGGAUUCGCAUCCUCAAACGAUGGGCAGUUCGAACAUUCGGACGUACGCCGAUGAUACGCCGGAAGAUGGCAAUACCAGCACGCUGUCCGCUUGUCAGAAGCGCCCCCCUCCGAUGGAUUCGAGCGGAUUGAGCGAUUACGGACCGGAUCAAGUGUCCCCGUACGCCGUCUUUCCAAGUUUGACAUCCUCGGCGUGCAAAUCUCAAUUCUCAUCCAGUCGGCGGAUGAAAACGUUUGUUGUUGAUGGAACGAAGGACUCGCUUUCUGUGGAGAUGAGUAAUUACGCGCCACCACCGCCAUCUAUGAUUAGACGCAUGCACCAACAGCAAUCGGAUGAAGAGCCAAUGUAUGAUUACAUCGCCCCGUGCGCAACAGCGAGCGGAUCGAAUCCGAGCGGAAGAAGCAACAAAUUGUCGAGCAAUCCUCAGUCUGUUUUCGUGCCAAUUAUUCCGGCAAGGAGUACGUGGAAUCAGCAGCAACAAAUGUAUCGUCAGCAACACGGAGCCAAUCAGUCGUCUCCGCAUUAUCAUGGCGACUGGAACAACCAAGAAACUUUGGCACUCAGCCAGCGGCUCUAAGUGAGAAACAGUGUAUCGCAUGUUGUUACUUGUCGUUCGUACGUGUACCUCCACCUGAAACUCGGCCGACAAUUCGAAUCACGUUCUUAACAGGAAAGUUGGAACGAAAACAAAGAAAACUUUUAAUGUUUGGCCAGUCUUUCAUGUUGACUGUUUCUUCUUGUUCAAAAUCUUUUUUUAUCAUUAUUAUUAUAUACUUACCACAAAAAGAAU